AUGGGAGGCUGUGGAGAAGAGCUUCCUGAGGUAGAAAUAAUUAGUUUGCUGGAAGAGCAAAUCCCACGUUACCGCUUACGUGCAGACACCCUUACCCAGUUCACAGGCUACGAGAACGAGGAUUGGUACAUUCCUGCACCUGCAUUAAAAGUAGACGACACUGAUCUUAAAUUAACUUCGGAGCAGAUCCGAGAGGUCCUCAACUAUUUCAAGAUUUUCUUUUAUUUGGAUGGUGUUUAA